AUGCACCAUUAUACAGCGGUCGUGAGCUCCACGAUGCCGAGCUGCAAUGGUGCACCCACAAAGGCGUGGAAGCAGACCAUACCCCAACUAUCUUUCUCAUCCGAGAUUGUGCUAAACCCAAUGCUAGCGCUGGCAGCGCUUCAUCUCCAUUCACAUUCACCAAAUGAUGGGGAUACUGCGAUUGCGACGCGCCGGUAUUUUGGCCGCGCCCUCACCCACCACCGCAAUGCGCUGUCUGACUCCGGCGGCGAGGGCUCGUCGGAGCAGCUCUGGCUCUCUGCGGUCUUGCUUGGCCAUAUGUGCUGGUUGUUUGAACACCAACCGCAACCUAAUACAAAGUAUGAGCUGCCUAUACAGGCAUUCAAGAUGCUCGAAGGCGUUGGUGCUCUGUUCAUGCAGAAGAACGUGAAGGGCUACAGCUGGCUAGGGCAGGAAACCCUACCUCACGUCUUGCCAGAUGAGCAUCUUUCUAUAGCCGCUAAAUCACAGCUAUAUGGAAUAGAAGAGGACCUGGCGUACUUACUCACUACAUUCGAUGUGCUGGCUAUGGCACCAAACGCCAGGAAUAUCUACAUCGAAGCGAAAGACUACGUGUUAUACCAUUUUCGGGCCUUCUACUCUGGGGCGGAUGCAAUGAUCCUCCAGCGUUUUGUGGCUUAUAUGGCUGUGCGGUGUCAAGUUGGAUAUCUUGAUAUGCUGCAAAGACACGACCCUCUUGCAAUGGCACUGUUGGCCAGGAUGUUGGUUUUGCUCAAUGAACUAGAUUAUUCUUGGUGGGCGAACGGGAAGGGAGAGUAUGAAGUUGUGGAACGAGACGUCAGAGGGAUAUGCCAACUAAUGCCUGAGAAUUUGCUCUGGACGAUGGAUUGGCCAUGUAUGGUGCUGGAUAAGAAAGUUGUCUUGUGUAGAGAUUAG